AAACGGCCAAGAAGUCUCCACACUAGGACAGUUAUUGGGAACUAAUUUCUAAGUUCUGCAAUAUCUUCUCUUCAAUGCCUCAUUUGCAGGUGAGACUCCAGAGAUGCGUGAGGACAAACCAUUAUGUUCUGUCAUUUAUGACAUUCUUCAGAAAGUGGUUAUGGACCAAACUACUAGUAAGCCUACAGGGAACGGAUCAGAAAACUCUUCAGUGUACUGUGGCAAAACUAAAGUAUUUAUGACUAACUCUGUGCUAGAGCAACUUGAAGCUAGAAGAGUACAUGUGUUAAAUGAGAAAGCAUUUUGCAUUCAGUGUUGCUGGAGAAGAUUUAAACAGAAGAAGUUAGCAAAGGAGAGAUGGUCUGCAACUGUCAUCCAAGCAGCUAUUCGUUCCUGGUUAGCCAAGAAUCGCUUCCAAAGGAUGCGCAGGGCUGCUAAUGUUAUAAAGCACAGCUGGAGGAGAUGGAAAACAAAAAUGGCUGUAUUAGCAGCAGAAGAGCUGGAUGAUGCCUUUUUCCCUGGAGCUGGGGUGACCUCGGCCAAAUCACUGUGCCCUUUGGAAACAACCUGGCCUCUCAGUGCAAUAAUUACGUUCUGGCCCCUGGGCCUCGUCCUGUCUGCUGCGCCUGUUACCAUUGCGGGGCUGAGGAGAGAGCUCUCCCUGCUGACCUGCUUGAAAGUGCUUCAGGAGAGCAACAGCUGCAAGGCAGAAAACAGCUUCUUUGGUUGUGGCAUCACUUCCAUUAGAGCUCUCCCACAGGGCUCUGUUAAGUUUCACUGCAAGAAGUCUCCCCUGCAUUACGCAAAUGUCAGUCCCCAUACGGAUGCGUAUUCCAUCUCUGGAUUUAACCAAAUUUUAUUGGACAGAAAAAAACUCCUUCCCACAUAAGCUUUGGCCAUCUUCAUGUACUGUACUCUUCAGGGAAGGACUGCCUGCAAGCUGCUGCUUUCAAAUACUUUAAUCAACGUCCAUAUCUGCUGCUACCUCAGAGCUUUUU